AAUAAAAAGUAAUCGUAUCGUUAUCGUAAAUAGCCUGCGCUGGUUGGCUGGAGUUCAGCUCGGCACAGGCGCCCCCUGCUGGUGGCCUGGGGGCACUGCGUGUUUCUCGGCCAUGGAAAUGCCACGGUGGCCUUCAGCUGGUAGCGGUAAAGGUGGAUAAACUCAGCGGGCCAGGUGGAUGUUUCACAGCUGGAUAUUCUGUGCGAAUCUGCAGGUGUUCCAGAUCUGAGCCUUAUCGUCGUUUGACCCACUGCGAUACAUUUUCCUGUGUAAAGGUCACUUUAUGAACCGUGCAAUCUGGAUCGCGGCGGCAGAAACAGAAAGAAGAUAGAGGAUUUCUCUCGGUCUUCUCGGGAAAAACUGCUCCAGUCCAAGAACAAGAUGUUCUCCAAAUUCACCUCCAUCCUCCAGCAUGCGGUCGAGGCGCUUGCACCGUCGCUGCCCUUGCAGGAAGACUUUGUGUACCACUGGAAGGCUAUCACACAUUACUACAUAGAGACAUCAGAUGAUAAAGCCCCAGUGACUGACACCAACAUCCCCUCUCACCUGGAGCAGAUGCUGGACAUCCUGAUCCAGGAGGAGGGCGAGAGGGAGUCGGGUGAGACGGGACCCUGCAUGGAGUAUCUGCUACAUCAUAAGAUCCUGGAGACCCUCUAUACUCUGGGCAAGGCUGAUUGUCCUCCAGGUAUGAAGCAGAUGGUUCUGAGCUUCUACACCAGGCUGCUGGGUCGUAUUCGUCAGCCUCUUUUGCCUCACAUUAACGUGCACAGACCUGUACAGAAACUGAUCCGCCUGUGUGGGGAGGUGCUGGCUGCUCCGACAGAGAAUGAAGAGAUUCAGUUUCUGUGCAUCGUCUGUUCCAAACUCAAACAAGACCCCUACCUGGUUAACUUCUUUCUGGAGAAUAAGGGAAAACGAGCCGACAGUAAAGAAGCUGCAGCCGAGGGGUUAAGAGAGGAUCUAUCCUCUCCAGAUACGGGACAACCUCAGAGUCCCGGCCCGGUCCAGGACGGGUCCGUGUCUAACGCCAGCAGUCCUACAGAGGGGGCCGGCAGUCCUUCCAACAACAGCGGCAGCAACUACAACCUGGUCAGCUCCCUGCUCAACCUCACCAAAAGCCCUGACGGCCGGAUUGUGGUGAAGGCGUGUGAGGGGCUGAUGCUGCUGGUCAGUUUACCUGAAGCCGCAGCGGCGAAGAGUCUAACGGAGAGCACAGAGCUGUGCCAGCUGCUGACCGACCGCCUCGCUGCCUUCUACCAGGCCCUGCCACAGUCUAUGGACCCUCUGGACAUCGAGACUGUAGAGUCGGUCAACUGGGGGCUGGACGUGUAUAACCUGAAGGAAGACGCUGCCGUGUUCACGGGGAAGCGAGCGCUCAUUUCCUUCCUUUCUUGGCUGGACUAUUGUGAUCAGCUGAUCAAAGAGGCUCAGAAAACGGCGGCCGCUGCUUUAGCUCGAGCGGUGAGGGAGCGCUUCUUUGUGGCUGUGAUGGAGCCGCAGCUAAUGCAGACGUCAGAGGUGGGUAUCUUGACCUCCACUGCGCUGUUGAACAGGAUCAUCAGGCAGGUGACGUCUGAGGCUCUCCUGCAGGAAACCGUUUACUUCUUGCUGGGAGAGGAAGUGGGUCCUGAAACGCCCACCGGCAUUUCCCAGAUCCCCCUGAGACACAGGCUUAUAGAGCACUGCGACCAUCUCUCAGAUGAGAUCAGCAUCAUGACCCUGCGUCUGUUCGAGCAGCUGCUGCAGAAGCCGUGUCAACACGUUCUACAGAACCUGGUUUUGCGCAGCCUGGACGAGAGGAACUACAUGGAGAACAAGCCGCAGGAGGAGCGCGAGGAACGAGAGCACAUGGAGAACGGCCAGCCGCACGACGCUGUUGAUUUAGAAGAGGACCCGCUGUUCUCAGACCUGUCUCCAGACCCCAAGCUUCCCAGCCCAGAUUGGCUGAGCUGCUCUCCCCCUCAGAGCACAGAACACAGCAAGCCUGAUGGGAAGACGGAGGUUCACAAGAUCGUCAACAGCUUCCUGUGCUUGGUUCCGGAUGAGGCGAAAUCGUCCUAUCAGGUUGAAGGCACCGGCUAUGACACUUAUCUGAGAGACGCACACAGACAGUUUCGGGAUUACUGUGGUAUCUGCCAAAGGUGGGAUUGGCGAAGCAGCCCUAAACCCAUAGAGAAAUGUAAUCUGGACAGCCCUUUCUUUGAGGGACAUUUCCUCAAAAUACUGUUCGACAGGAUGGGCCGUAUCCUCGACCAGCCGUACGAUGUGAACCUCCAAGUGACCUCAGUGCUGUCGAAACUGUCGCUACUACCACACCCGCACUUACACGAGUACCUGCUGGACCCCUACAUCAACCUAGCACCCGGCUGCAGAUCCCUCUUCUCCGUCAUAGUCAGGGUGGUCGGAGACUUGAUGUUGAGGAUCCAUCGUAUUCCUGAAUUCACCCCUAAACUGCUGCUGGUGAGGAAGAGGCUGCUCGGACUGGAGCCAGAGGGCUUAAGUAUUGAUCACGUGACGUUGCUGGAGGGAGUGAUCGUUCUGGAGGAGUUCUGCAAGGAGCUGGCGGCCAUCGCCUUCGUCAAGUUCCACGCCUCCGCAUCCACCUCCCCCUGAGCCUCCUCCUGCUGCUGCGCUCGGGACUCGAGCAUCAUCGGUGCGGUGGAACUGCGUGCCCAGAGGUGGGCACCACCUGAACACCACAUACAUCCCUCAGACCUGCUGCCUCCAGCAGGACUCACUCAUAACGGGAUUUAAUCCGCAGGGCAGUCCCUCUGAUACGUACUCGUCUGCAGCCUCCACCACCAGAGAUCAUCAGGACGGAGCCCAUGGGUGUUUUUUUUAUUUUAUUUUAUUUUUUUUUUUUUGCGCCCACUGACGAUGGGAGAAGGAUGUUGUAGCAUUCAUAGACCCACAUCAUCAGCUCUCUUUCACAUCAUAAAUUCUCUUUCAACUUUAAUUUUUUUUUUUUGUUGUUGUUUUAAGUCUAGCCCACCUCUAGCCGUUUUAAUAUGUUCAUCAUUUUAGUGAGGCUAUUGCAUUCCCAUUUAUUUUCUUCAUGAGAAUCCUGAUAUUAGUUCUGUAGAAGCUCAAAAAUUAUAUAUAUGUGUGUGUAUAUAUAAAUAUAUCAAGCCAAAAUUUUAAUUUAAAGCAGUUUCAAGGCUGAUAAUUCAAAGCUGCAUUUAGGAAAAUCUUAAUUUGACCAUAACAGUUAAAUUACGGUAGAUAAAAUUGGAUUUUUUUUUUGUAAAAUUGAAUUUUACAGAAACAUACUAUGCUUGCCUUUUUUUUUUUUGCUUUAUUUUAUUUCCUUAAGGGGAAAUUUGGGUUAUGUAAGCUGAAAGAGAAUGCCAAAUCAUAAAAAAGAUGGAAUAUCUGUGACAUUUCCACCACUCGGAAUUCACUCGGAAGUCUACCUGUUUUUUUUAAAAAGAUGUCAGCAGAGAGAUGCUGAUUUUCAUUUUUCCUUAUCAUCUACAUUAAGAUUGACUCAGAAAGUGGGCUCUGAACGGAAAGAUCGAUUCGGAUCGGGCCGAAUACAUUUGCACACGUUACAGAAAGCGGAUUCCACUGGAACCCCUCCCCCCCGGAGAACUGUAUAUGUCCAUAACAGUGUUUCUAGAUUGAUCUAGUUUUAUCAUCAUGGUUUAACGUUUAAUCCACUGCGUUAAUAUCGUGUGUAUGAGUGUGCCUUGUUCUUUGCUAGGAUGUAGCUGUACUCAUCGCUUUCGGCUUUUUAUUAUUACGUUUAUUAUUUAUUGUGGGCGGGGACUUGCUCAGAAUACGCCCACUUCUAUAAAUAUUUUGCUCUGCUUAUGUGUAAAUGUUAUUACAGGGGAUCUGAGGUUGUAAGUUAUGAGACGUACACCAGCAAUAGUGUUCUUCAGCAGGUGUGCUCUCCUGUUUCUACUGUAUAGGUUUAGGAGUAAAAAAAAAAUCUAAACCUAAAUCUAAAAGUGCAAACACACAAUCACACGACACACUGCCGUGUAUUUCCGGCUAAAGGUUGGCUGAAGUUCAACUUUUCUUAAAGCAACACUAUGAUUUUAUUUUAUUUUUUUGCAUUUUUUUGUGCCUGUGCUCUCUUUACAAUAGGACGAUUUGAGACGCUGUUAAAGGAAACGCUUUACACAUGCAUUUCUGGACAAGCUGAGAGAUACAGAAGCAUCACUCUGACUGUAAAAGAACUGUGAAUGUAAAAGAAGCGUGCAGACUAAUGCAGUAAAGGAAUAUCCUUAUUGGUAGUUGUUAAAGGAUAGUCUGCUCACAAAAAUAAUCGAAACCAAAAGAACAUUUUAAAUCACUGAUAAAGUCAGAUCGGUAUCCCAUAACUAGUUUGUAGCAUUUGGCUCAAUCAUGCACAAAAACAUGAUUUUUCUCUUGUUCUUGCUUAUGCACUUGCGCAGAUCUCCACUUUAAGGAACCAUUACCCCUCUAGCAUCAGCUCACAGCAUAAGCAGCGAGCUGAUUGGCUCUUUUUGUCCUUUACCUUUUCGGUAAAGUGCAAAACUUUAUCCAUAAACUGAAGCCAUGAUGAGUUUUAAGUGAGUUCCCAUUCUUAUUCUUAUAUGAAAGGCUAGUGGCUAGUCUCUUCAACAUUAAAUUCCCAGGUUUUACACAAACAUGAUUUACACAGUUAUUCAGUUAUUCUGCCUGCUUUUUCAAAGUUACGUAGUGCAGUCAUCAGUGUGCAGAUCCCCUGAGUAGCAGUAGCAUGCUCUACUGACUCCAAUAAAGUGAACAGUGCUGCUUACAGUGAUUUCUGUAGUGAUUAAACAGAAAAAUCUACAUAGUGUUGCUUUAAGUGAGGAAAACUACUGUUCUGAAAUUUAAAAACCUCGUAAGAUUUCGUAAGAUGCAGCACAUCACAUGUAUUAGCCUAACCCAUGCUCCUCAGAUCCCCUACGCAAUACUUUAUCCAGCUGGGAAAGUUUCGCAGUAAAACGUUCAAGCGAUUUGCACAUUCACACUUGACGACAUCGUCCUAUUUAUUGUACACAGUGUGUUAGUGUACACAACGUUUUUUUUUAUUUUUUUCCAUUUUAUUUUCCUUCAUGAACCAAAGGGUGAGUCUCGUCAGCGUGGCUUCGUCUAGUGUAGAGAUCUCUUUUUAUUCUCGCUCGUGCACAUUUUAUACAGACAAAACGUUUCCGAAGCUUUCUUUAACUGUGUGUAUAUAUGUGUACAGCGAUGGCCGUGGUGCUGUCUGGUGUAAAACAGUGCAUGCAAGCUCUCAUUCGUGUGGUUAGUAGUAAGUUAAGAAAAGCAAAGAGGCAGUUUACACCUUGUAUCAACACUGUGUUCUGUGUUCAUAUUUUCCGUGAUCAUGAAUUACGUUCAUAUUUCACUUAACCGCAUACAAAAAGCUAAUUAGCUUAAAGCUAAACAGUUAAGAUGUAUUUUGCAUAAGUAAAGUAAAGUUAAUGCAGCGUUGGUUAGGCAUGUGCUGAAAUUCAAACAUAAUAUUGGAUUUACUGUGAUGUUCAGCACAAAAUUGUUCUUAUGCAAAAGUUAAAUAAAGCCCUAUCCGGAUGGGAUUAGUUUCUCUGGGGUUUCUGGGGUAAUUUUUUAAAUCUCUUUUAUGUUGUUUUUUUUUUUUUAUCCUCUGUGAUUUUAUUCCCGUCCAGAACGAUCAUGUACGUGUUUUUCUCAGACGUCCUCUGAGAAAAUUACAGGCUGAAUUAUCUACUGUUUUUCUCUGAACUCCGUGCUCCUCCGGUAAUUUUAGUCCCGUCCGGACGCACAUCUCUGAGUUGCGUCUCCUCCGCGCCACGGUUUAAUUAGGUUAUGUGCAAAAAAAAACUGGAUGCAAAAUCUCUUCUAUGCAUAAAAAGCAGUUUUAAGCAUCUGCCACUUAAAAUUGCGUUAAAUAUAGUUAAAUAUCCUAAAAAUGUCCUUUUUAAUAAUGUAUAUAUAUAUUUUUAACAUAUCGUCCAGCUCUAGUGAGUGAUUUGAGCAUUUUGACUGCAAACAGUGAAAUUUAAGUCCUAUAAAAUGUUUAGUCGUGUAUCAGCUGUGUGCAUGUAGCUUUCUAAACAAAAACGUAUUAAGCGUAAUAUGCAAUUAUCAUGAGAUAAAACUUCGUAUUUCAGCACAUGUCUACCUUGAGCGCAGGCUAGCAAAUGAAAUUUUGAAUCCCAAAAUUUAAUAUUACUUUUAAAGACUCAACUAUUAAACUCAAAUUGAUUGAAAUCAAUUCAACUCUCUUGUUGUUACUGCAAGGUGUAAACAUGCUCUACAUCUGUUUCCAUCCAGAAUUAUUCUGUCCUUUUUUUUAUCACUUUUCCUUAAUUGCCAAUUAAUGAGGGCGUGAGCGUGUGACUGAUGCCUUACUUUAUAUGCAGUGUAUAUGCGGCUGCGGCCUGUAUUUACGUUUUCUAGGUUUAAAAAGUCUUACACUUCAGAAUCUUACGUCCCUAUUCCUGUGCUGGUUUUGUUUUUGCUUUUUGUUUUUGUUAAUACAUUAAAAAAAACAUAUAUUUAAUGGGUAGUUUUAAAAGAAAAUCUACAGAAUUUUCUUUUUAAUUACGGUAACUUGAGAAAAAUAGUAUUGAAGCCGUCAUUCAAAUAUCUCGUCUUAUAUUUUUGCUGUUUUUCACUUUUUGAUAUAGUCUGAAUCUGGCUGUUUAUAUUGCUUCAAAAUUAGAGAUGUAUGGAGCAGCAGAAAUUACAGAAACACAGAAUAUGUUUAAUUUUCAGUUUUUGUCUGAAAAAUUCGUAAUGAACAAUAAUGUUUUCUUUGACAAACUAGAAGAUAAAUAAAUAAUGUUGGCUAUAAAUGUAUGGCAAAAUGAAUGAAAUAAUUUUUUUUAUUUUAAAUAUAUGGAAUAACAGGGUUCAUACGGUCAUUAAAAACCUGGAAAAGUCAUGGAAUCUUAAAAUAGGAAUUUUCAGGCCUGGAUAAGUUUAGGAAAUUUUCAAUCUGCCUUCUGUAAUGAAUUUUGAUUAUAGUUUUAGUUGAUUUUUGCAUUUAUUGUCCAUGUCUGCACUGAUGUUUUAACAAUCAUAUGGUCAUGGAAACAAUUUCAUGAAACUUUCUUGGUUAAAAAUUGUAUGAACCCUGGAAUAAUAUCUUUUUCCAUUGACUUUCACUAAAGUUUAAGAAUGUUUUUACCUUCUCCUGUAAAAGAUACAAGGUUUUUGCAUUACGACGAGGAAAUAUAUUCUUUCCCUGGUUUUAAUUCACUCAGACCAGCCACUGUUCUGCUCCACAAGUUUGUAAAAAUGUAGCUCAGCAGCAGCAGCAGCAGUGUACUGCAUCAGAUUAUUGAGGGUUUAACAAAAUAAAGAAACACUUUUUGAGGUGUUGAAUGUCACUGCCAUGAUGCAACAGAGGGGAAUCAUUUAGAGAUGAGCUGAACUGUGCUGCGUGCUCACGAUCCAUCAGUCCGCUCGGUCCGGGUCGGGCCUGGCGAAACCGUUUCACCGUCUUAAAGGGAACUGCCCGCUGCACUGUUAUUAUUACUACAGGUCCUGCACACGCUGUAUAUUAAACAUUGCAUCGACACCUUAUUAUUGUGCAUCAAAUCUGUGUGUUGCACCUUCCAUCUGUUCUUUUAUAUCUGUAAGAUUGCUUUCUUGUACACACCAAUUAAAAUAGCUUUCUUUGAGUA